GUGUCAGAACACUAACUAGUUCAGAGGACACACCAUCAGAGACUGGCUGAGAGAGAGACAGAGACAACCACUGUGUAAUACAUAUUUGGAUUUCCACAGUUUACACACUGACAGGUCCCAGAAAAUGGUGUUUGGCAUCCGGAAGCGUAUCCAUGACCACCUGGUGGAGCGAAGAAUCUGCAGAACCCGGCUGGUGACCAAAUAUGGGCGCUGCAACAUUGAAUUCGGCAACGUGAAGUACGGCAACCAUUUUGCCUUCCUCUUGGACUUCUGGACGACCUUCGUAGAGUUCCGCUGGCGCUUUGUCCUCUUCUUCUUCAUCGCCUCCUUCACCCUGAGCUGGUUCAUAUUUGGACUGCUGUGGUUCUGGAUCGCCCGGAACAACGGGGACCUGACGUGGCAGAACCCCUCGAAAGGCCACAUCCCCUGUGUGGACAACGUCUACAAUCUCAUUACAGCAUUCCUCUUCUCCCUGGAGACACAGACCAGCAUCGGUUACGGUGGACGUGCCAUCACCCCUUUCUGUUCUGGUGCUGUAACCCUCAUCAUUAUCCAGUACCUCAUAGGUAACAUCAUCAACUGCUUCAUGUGUGGAGUCAUCCUGGCCAAGAUCUCCAUCCCUAAGAAAAGGGCCAAGACCAUCACAUUCAGUGAGAUGGCUGUCAUCUGUCCUAAGAAGGACUUCCUUUGCCUCAUGAUAAGAGUGGCCAACUUGCGCAAGACCCUGAUGAUCGGGAGCCAGAUCUACGGCAAGCUGUUGAGGACAACCAUCAAACCCGACGGGGAGACAAUCAUCAUGGACCAGGUGAACAUUGAGUUCGUGGUGGACGCUGGGAAGGACAACCUCUUUUUUGUGUGCCCUCUCACACUCUACCAUGUGAUUGACAAUACUAGCCCUUUCUUUGAGAUGGCAGUAGACACACUCCAUAAGCAAGAGUUUGAGCUGGUGGUCUUUCUGGACGGCACAACCGAGUCCACCAACUCAGCCUGCCAGGUCAGGACUUCCUUCAUCCCUCAGGAAAUCAUGUGGGGUUACAACUUCCUGCCCAUCAUCUCCCGCAACAAAGAGGGCAAGUACAGAGUGAACUUCUCCAACUUCUCCAAGGUAGUACCCGUGGCUACUGCACACUGUGCCUACUGCUUCCACAACAUGAAGGGACACCACCUCCACACCAUUGACGGAAUUGACAACGGGGAAUUUGAAGUGAUUGAUAACUUAGAACAACCUAAUAUGACCAAGAUGUGAGCUUUUGGAGAGAAUAUGUGGAAUAGAAGCCAGUUAUAGGUUGUACUCUUAGAAGAAAAGGGUUCCAACAGGGUUCUUCAGCUAUGCCCAUAGGAUAGCCCUUUUGUUUCAACACUGUAAAAAAAAAAAAAAUCUGAACAAACCUGAUUUUCCUGCAUUCAUACUUUAAAAUUGUAUUAUUUAAUUUUAAGUAGGAUUUACUGUACAGUCAAAAGUUUUGACACACCUACUCAUUCAAGGGUUUUAGUCUUUAUUUGUACAAUUUUAUACAUUGUAGAAUAAGACAUCAAAACUAUGAAAUAUGAAAUAACACAUAUAGAAUCAAGUAGUAUACAAAAACGUGUUAAAUAAAUAAAUAAAAUAUAUAGUUGAGAUUCUUCAAAAUAGCCACCCAUUGUCUUGAUGACAGCUUUGCACACUCUUGGCAUUCUCUCAACCAUGAAGGGACCUGGAAUGUCACGUGGAGUGCAUUUCAAUUAACAGGUGUUCCUUGUUAAAAGUUAAUUUGUGGAAUGUCUUUCCUUCUUAUUAAUGUGUUUGAACCAAUCAGUUGUGUGACCAGGUGGGGGGGGGGGGGGGUAUACAGAAGAUAA